CAACUAUUCUAGUACCUCACUUCCGGUUGUCAAAAUUUAAAGAAUGUUUGUUUUCGUUUUCAAUUUCGUAACAUAAAAUCCGAGUUUCGGAAUUUGAUUUCGCAAAACAAUGUCAAGUUCCAUCAUCCUUGCCGGGUUGGGUUUGGCAGCCGUUGGCUUUGGUGGUCGGGCCUUGCUCCGCCAGAUGCCGAAUGCCGCCAGCAAAAUGCAAGAGGCCUUAAAAAAUCUGCCCAAGUUUGAUGCGGAAAUGAUGGCCAACUCCAAGUACUAUCGUGGGGGAUUUGAACCGAAAAUGAGCAAACGAGAAGCGGCUCUGAUUCUCGGUGUAAGCCCCACGGCGUCCAAGACCAAGGUAAAAGAUGCACACAAGAAAAUUAUGUUAUUGAAUCAUCCCGAUCGAGGAGGUUCUCCGUAUCUAGCAGCAAAGAUAAACGAAGCAAAAGACUUUUUAGACAACGUGAAGUGAUCAGCUAUAUCGAAAUGGAAUGUAAAUAAUUAUAAUGUAGUUGCAAAAUAAAUUAUGAGCCUGGUGUGAACAGUUGCAGAA